AUGGCGCCUAAACUGUCAGGAAGCGGGAACGACAAGGAGGUCGUCACUAUAACUGUACCAAUCGAGGGCAAGCACUCGAAAUUCCGCGUUGAGCUAAUUAUGGUAGGGGCUGAGAGCCAAUCGAAGAAGAUCUACAAGCCGAAAGACUCUGCGUCUGUCGACCUCACACAGAAACUGCUAGCGAACAAGCAAAAAGUCAACCCUCUGCAUGCCAAACUUGUUUUCGACGAAUCUAAGGUAUCAAUUAUAGACCUCGGAUCUCCAGAGGGGACUUGGGUCAAAUCAAAGAAAGGCUCGUUGUUGAAGGAUAAGGCGCAUGCGCUGAAAAACGGAGACAUUAUCGUCUUCGGUGCGAAGCAGGAUGUGGAUGCUAAAGAGCAUCCGGAUGUCUUUAAAGCAGAGGUCAAAUUUCUCACUAAGAGACCGCCUCCCAGAAUAAAACGUCCGUCUUCUGUUGCAGAGCAGACCACAACUUCCCCACAACAACCCACCACUUCGGCUCCGAAACUUGUGAAGACGCAAUCCCAACAGCCGACCCUUGCGCCCCCCGACAGCAAACAUAAACGAACUGCAAGCCUACAGAACGCUCCCAAACCGAACAUGCCAGCAGCGCCAGAUAAGAAGCCGCCACCUUCAGUCAAACCGAGUGUCGAUUUGGAGCAACAUGUCCAAAUCCCAUGGACCAGCGUUUAUCGACUUGGAUAUGGCAUCGAUGCACUCACUGGCGAGUUCAUGCCUCAUCCCGCCCUUAAAAGCUUCACCCCACCAACGGCUUCUCGGCCCGGCAAGACACGGAUAUCGGUCCGGCGGCUGCAUUGGAAAGAUGUUGUGGAAGACCGCGACGAAUUCGAGGUUUCUGCGGGAGGAACGGUCAAUGUACCCGUCCCCGUUGGCGCGAGUGCGAAGAUAGCGUCACAGUUGUCGGAGAAUGCGAACUCAUCGACAAUGCUCAUUGAAUACAAAGUCGAGGCGGACUUUGCACCGGAGUACCUUCCGAGCAACAUUCAAUUGAAAGCUGGGCUGGAGAAGCUGUCGGAUGCCGAGUUCAGGGCCCGGUUUGGGGACUACUAUAUAGCAGGGGUACAAAAGGGCUAUAGUUGUAGAAUGGUCGUCGUUUGCAAAGUGGACGAAGAAGGGACAACAGAGUCGCACGAGAAGGAGGUCAUGGCAUUGCUUGACAGUUACUUCAAGGCGGGAAUCAAGCUCGCAGACGUCAGCCAGCGGUCCAAAGGCUUUACAUUCCAAAGCGUUCUUGUUGAUGCUGAAGGCUGCACUAUCGAUACAGCAAGUGUAUUUGCGAUUGGAGUGGACCAAGCGCCACAAACACUGGCUAAAAUCAUCAAGAACGCUCCGGGAGUUCCCCGCAUCGCGUUUUUAUACCACUACAGCUCAGUGGACUCUUGUCCGCUCAGCCGCCGAGUCGAGGUUCAGAAAGCCAUGUUCAAAAAGGCUCAGGCAAUGCGCAAUAUCUACACCUAUCUCCAGUCAUGUCUUCUACAUCCGGCCCUCCAACCCUUUCCUUCCGACAAUCGCAAGAUUCGCGCUGUCCACAAACGUUUUGAGGAGAAGCGUCGCACCAUUAUACAGCUUACCCAGAAUGACAAGAGGACGGCGGAGGACAUUGAGAGCCUAGAGAAGGAGCUCAAAGCGCUGAAGGAGAAAGCCGAUGCGCUGAUCACGCGGUACAAUUUUAUUUGUCAAGUCACCAAAAUGGACAAGGGCAUUGUCGCGCACCCGCCAACUGUUGUCGAUGGCCAGUCACUCUAUCGCUGGGACUGCGGCAAGACUGGCGCGCUGCAGAAGUUGGCGGAGCUUGAGGCGUACAACCUGAUUUGCUUCGAGAGGAAUUACAAGGCCUACGAGUUGGAGUGGCAGUCACCGAUGACGGACGAGCCUUCGGCGUUGCGGCAACUGUUCAAAGGUGUUAUACCGCGCGAGACACUAUCUUUUACUGCCCAGAACACGACGAAUCCGCUUCCGCCUUCACCAUUACCGAAAUCCAAGAAACUGCCCAAGCAAGACCAAGACCCUGGCACGUUUGCAUUUUGCCUCCACAACCACAAGCCGAUCCUCGUUCUUGGCUGGUCGGUGUCGUGUUACUGGCCGGAUGCGAAGACCGCCCCAACUAUCGAGGUUGACCAUCCAGCAAAUUAUAUCUUCGCUGACCAACUGCGGGUGUCUAUUGAUUGUUCCCGGGCGACGAGGUGGUGGUGCAAGGUUACUUUUGUUGUCAAGUCAUCUUACGAUUUCAAUGUCUCCGAUGUGUGGUAG